AUGAACUUAUUUCCUGUUAAUAAUGAGGCUUGGGAGAGAAAACAAAAUUCUGUUUCCAGCGAGCUUCAAUUUGAAGACCUUUGGCUGUCUGGAGAUGGUAGGUGUUACAGUCCUAGAGUGCCUAAAGUGUCCUAGUCCUAAAGUGCUUAAUAUGGGACAUACCCUGUAAUUGAUCAACUCAAUAACAAGAUUGUUGAUUUUUAAAUCGUUCAGGUUAGUGAGGUGACCAGGAGCAAUGUAAUGGAAAGAAAGGGUUACAAACGGCUGAUGGAAAACAUUCAAAACAGAGGACCCAACUUAAAAGUAGUUGCCAUGUACAUAUCAGUAUAUGGCCUGACACAAAAAUAAUUAUCCACAUGUGCAACACCAGUUUGAUGUUUGGCACUUUGCAAAGAGCAUCACCAAAACACUGACCGAAAGGCAAAGAACAAAGAAUGUAGCGUACUUUUCCCCGGGAUCAAGGCCAUCUCUAACCAUCUUUGAUGGUGUGCAAACAGUUGUGAGAGCGAUUGGAAUCUCUUACAUGUGAAGUGGAUUGCCAUUGUCCAGCACACGGCCAAUAUCCACUUGCAGGGCAGUCUAGACUUAUACCAAGAAUGUCCCUACCCACUCAUCCCUAGGGAGGAGGCAAGGACAAAGAAGUGGCUUCGUCCUGGUUUCCCUCCACAUGAGGCUCUUAAUGAGGUUGUUUUCAUUAAAAACUCUGCUCAAGGACAUUGAGCAAUUAACAUUAAACCGUCACACUGGAAGUGUACCACAGCGUAAAACUGCAGUACCUUUUCGGAAGUAACUUUUGGCUCAGAGAAAGUGGGCUUGUGGAGGACCUUUAGGCCAAUCUGGAGGACAUUAAGGAAAGCACUCCAAGUUUUGUUUCAAUUAUAGUGCUUUUUGCUAAUUACAUAGGGAAAUUGAACUUACAGAAAAAUGUCAGAAGAGAAAAAAUAAACCUCCGAAUAAAUUAGAACAAGAAACAAUGAAGAAAGAAAAUGCAUCUAGAUACACGUACAUUUAUGACUAAUAGUAAUCCUUUGUGAAUGGUAUAGCCUUUAAUUUAGAACUUGUGUAGUAAACAGUAUGUAAGCUCACAGAGAGUGCUGUUGCAGAUCAGAUUCAGUUGCACUUGGCUAAGAACAAUCUGUAUCCAGUGUUCCAGUGUACAUACAGGAAACUUUAGUGAAAGUUCACAAUGACAUUCUGACAAUCAUAAACAAGCAGCAUGUGACUCUCCUCAUUCUGUUAGACUUGAGCGCUACCUUCGAUACUGUGGACCAUAGUAUUUUGUUAACACAUUUAAGAUGAAAGCUGGGCCUGAAUGGAACCGCUCUUUCGUGGUUCUGCUAUUAUCUAUCUGGAAAAACACAAGGAAUGUCUUGUUCAGAGAGCCCUUUCACAUGUAUUUCAUCUUCGUUGAGGCAUUCCCCAGGGAUCUUGUCUAGGUCCCCUUCUGUUUAACAUAUAUUCAAGCAAAAUCUUUGACAUUGUCGGUCAUCACCUUCCAAAGUUCCUUUUUAUGCAGAUGGCUUUUAGCUUUAUUUAUCGUUCAACCCAAGCUGUGCUUUUAGUCACAGGUUUUCAUUGAUCUAAUUGCCUUAUCUCGCAAGUUAAGCAGUGGAUGACCUCAGACAAACUUAUGCUUAAAGAAGACAAACCCGAAUUUAUUGUAAUAGCAUCACGACAUCUAUUAAAAAAAAGGCUGCUGUUGACACUAUCAGGGUAACAGAUUGCAAUGUAAGCACAGUGUCUGUUGGGCAGAAUUUGGGUGUGUGGUUUGAUGAUAAACUUACUAUGGCUGAUAGAUAAACUGAUAAACCGAUGAUAAACUUACUAUGGCCGUAUGCAGUAAAUAUGCAGUGCUGCUUUCCAUCACUUGCACAACACAAGACGCAUAAGGAAGUAUCGUUCAGUGGAUGCAGCUGCGACUCUUAUCCACUGUUUUGUUAGUAGCAGAAUGGACUACUGUAGUAGUCUAUUAUAUGGUGUGCCCAAGUGCCAUAUUGACAAGUUGUAUAGAGUUUAAAACACAGCCGCCAGACUUGUCGUUAUGCAGGGCAAAUUUUGCCAUAUUACCCCAGUGCUCCAUCAGCUGCAUUGGCCUCCUGUCUCAUUUCGUAUUAAUUUUAAGAUUUUACCUUUAACUUUCAAAGCCAUUCAUGAAUUAGCACCGUCUUAUAUCAACGAUCUUGUCAAAAUUAAACCUUUACACUUAAGAUACAGGCUGCGAUCUAAUGACAGAAUGCUGCCGUCUCAUCUGAAUUUUAUAACGUUAACAACCCUUGGCGACCGUGCUUUCGUUGCCUCAGCACCUAACCUUUAGAACAAUUUACCUCUAGAAAUUAGAUGUCUUUGUACUUAUACAGGGUUUUCAACAGUUUUUGAAGUAGGAGUUGCGUUUAUUUGAGUAGGAGUUGCAAGGCCCGGAGGGCCUUGCUCUCUAGGGGGGUCUGGGGGCAUGCCCCCCCAGGAAAUUUUGAAUUUCUAGACUCUUGGAGGCGCAUUUUCCCGCAUUUUGAGACGCAGAACUAGCAAAUUUUAGAUAUCGAAAAUACUGAUAAAUUUUGAUGCUUUUAGUAACUUUAUUAACCACAAUAUUAGGGUACGCUUUAACCACAUUAUUACCCGCAGCAUCUUUUUUCUUUUUCUUGUUUGUCACUGUCAGCGACCACAUCUCCCGUAAACCACGCUGUCGCUUUUCUGCCAUUCUGCCGUGUUCUUGGAGACGAAAUGUGGCGUUUUAUAUAGAGUCGCUUCAGAAACCGCUAACUACAAUGUUCCCUGUAACUGAGACCCAGUCUUCGACUCGUCCUCAACUUUACGCAGAGAACGUAUUUUAAAAGCAGACUCAAGAUGUUUUGGCAAAAUUCUCCAGAAAAAUUUCAAGUUUGCUUGCUCGCAACAGCUUUGUGAACACUUACCACUUUUUAUCAAAAGUUUUAUUUGUCAUAUAAUUUACCUAAGGGAAAGUAGGCGUCGCAAAUCAAAAAGUUGCCGUCGGAUGCGACGGCCGACGGCUGAUUUUGAAAACACUGUUAUAGGUAUUAUUGAUCUUGAUUGGCAACGUAUCCGCCACAUGGCAAAGUGGAUUUGUAUUUUCUGUUUUGAAAUGAAGGGUUCCACCAUAUUUGUCUAGACUGUUUUGCGAUGUGACCAUCUUGAAGAACACAGACUUUCUGAAGACCAUGCGCACUUGCCAGUGCGUAGCAAUGUUUCCAGAAAGCACUUACAACUAUAUGGUGACGCAUACUCACACCAGAGAAAUGGCAGCAGGAGAGAUAUAAACUCUUUUCUCUCCCUUUUUGAGACAUUUUCCCUUAUAGUACUUAAUUGAUAUAAUUCCCAAAAUAGUGUAUCUGUUUUUCGCCCAUCUGCAUCGAAGACAACACUCAGUCCAGGGAGAAAUCUCAUGAGGUAGCUGCCUUUAGUUUCCUUUUUCAGUUUUGCUACUUUAAGGGUUUUGCUAGCUUUAUGAUAAAAAUUUAAUAGUAUGAGGAGAUUCAAUGUAUUUCCCCAUAUGGUUAGUUCCUGAGUUUUUGUCUAGCAUUGUCCAUUUGAAGUGUUUGUUAAGCUUAGUUUUAGUCCUUGGAAGUAGGCUUGUUUGGGGAGUACAGCUGACCUUGAGUUUUGCCCACAAUCGAGUUUCUGUUUUGUACGCUUGGUCCUUCCGGGCAGUUUCACUGUAAGCAUUUAACUGGUUCUUUGGUACUUAUCGGUUGUGGCUGUGUAGGCUGAUCUAACAAUGGCAAACCUGUUGCAAUAAUUAUAUGCAAUAAGAUAUUCAAUAUAAGCUCUCCCGGUCAGCUAACCAACAAUAAGUCUACAAUUUAGCUAUUUAAUCCGCUGCGUUAGCUAGCAGAAUGAGUAGAGUUGUUGUCAGUAGCUGUAGAGGAUUAAACUGUUAUCUUUAGGAGAAAGAACAGAGUCUUGGUCCUCUCCUUACAAAGCCUAGCAAGCUUCUCCAGGUCUCAACAAUAGGAUAGAAAACAUUUGCUAUUAGUAGUUUAUAUACAGUAGUUUUAUAGUUAAUAGUUUAUACAAAUACCAGUAAACAUUAUCUAGCCGUUGCUAAAAGAGCUUGCAGAUAUUCCAUUCACACCUCCUUGUUACCUUAUAAGAUGAAAUGAAGAAGCGGACCUGAAGUAUGAUUGAAAUGACAUUGUAUUAGGUGCAUUGUUCAGUUCCAUAGCGGCCAAUUCGGAAAUGUGAUUACAAUACCUGUGUGUCCAGUUAUCUCACCAUCCAGGGAUAGUGAUGACAAAGAAAGCGAAUCAGAUUCUGAUUCAGAUUAUGAAGAUGAGCACAGUAAGGAAGAUGGACAUGAUCAUUGA